CCGUUGGGUCUGCGGUUUGAUCUGAUUCAACCCUGAUCCGUCCUCCCAACGAGAUCACUCGCCAGAAAGGGAUCUCCCAUAUACUUCUCCAGGGCAUCCCUCCGUUCCCACCACACCUCCUCAGGAACAGUGCCUCCGACGACAGCAGCAACCUUACGCCUUUCUCUGUACACUCCUCAUUCUCCUUACUUACUGUCCGAUCAGGUUCUGCCUCUUUGCCUUGUGCCCUUCAAGUCCAAGACCGUGACAAACACUAGCCCUCUGACAAGUUCGCAACCCUCUGUCCAGCCUAGCUCACCUGCCGAAUGGCCUUCACUCUCGGGGCGCGAUCCUGCUCCUCAGGGCGAAGGGCGCUCGUGCCAUCGUCUCCCUCCUGGGCCUCCUCUGACCUAGGAAAUCCAUCUGCUUCAAGGCUCUUUCCCGUUUGCAUGCACACUUCCAAAUUAGUCGAGUCAAUUGUCCCUGCAGUUCAAGCGCGCAGGGCCCUAACACCUUUCCAACGGCUGCUUCUUCCACAGCGGACUCCCUCUUGGCUUGGUGAUUCUUCGGUGCUGUCAGGAUCCAGACGGAGGGUUUCAAGGAGACAGCUUCAUCAUUCUUCCUCAAAUGGAGUCGCCGCGUCCGCUCAAAUGGCGCCAGCACCUAAAUAUAAUAAUACCAGCUCAGGAUCAUCCUUACUAUCAGGAAUGCCACCACACAAACGGGAGCCCAAGAUACGGAGAAGAUCCAACAGGAUCAUUUCUCUGCCACAAUGGAGAAACGCGUCCAGGGUCCCAAUGGCCUAUAUGAACUCCUUGCUUCAACACACUACGACUCCAGCCCAUCCCAGCCUCCUCGCACUCUACCGACGACACCCGGCGCCCGGCACCUCUACUAUAGUCGACGAUGUCACUGCCAUCUGCAAGGACUCGUAUCGGGACCUUGGCAUUGGAGAUUAUUCAUUCAUUCUUGAGACCAUUCAGGAUUGCUCCGCUAGCCAGCAGCAGUUUUGGGAAUCAGUGACGACAUUGAUUCAGUAUUCUGUGCCGCAAAUGAAGGCUUAUUUCCAUAGCUACGCCGAGGAGUGGCAGCAGACUCUGGGCUUCGCCGUGCUGGAGGUAUACUGGAAGCAGGACCAGUCCAUCUUUUUGGAUCAAAUUGAGAGCGCAUGGGAACGAACGAUCGUGGAUCAGGGACUAGACACGUCAACAUCAUACACACCGCAAGCAGAGAUUUUGGCAGCAUUUAUGAUCGACAGCUUGCUAUCAACCUUUUAUCGAUGGCGAGCGUUGGAACUCUACGAAACCUUGAGCGAGAGGGGAAUCAGCAUGAAGCAAAGGCUCUUGGAAAGUCUUAUCCGAGUCGCGGUGGCGCAACAUGAUGGCCAAAUGUUGGAACGAAUCGGCCUCAUGCUACUGAGGCACGAGGAUCAAUAUCAAGGAUCACUGGCUUCACCCGAUCCUAAGACGAGGAUACGGAAUCGACCAUUGCUGAUGUCGGCAAAAACCAUGGACGCUUUUAUCUAUGGAGCGUGCGAGAACGAGCUGUAUGAACUCGCGAGGGCUGUUUUUAACCGAGGAUUGGAAGCAGGCCAAAAGUAUCGCAUUUCCACUUUCACUGGGGUUCUCAACUCGUAUUCCGUCAAGGAGUUUGGAUUCGACAUCGUCUCGGCUGCGGCUGCAACUGGAAAGGGCGCAAGGCAAAGUCGGCGGUCGAAAUGUGGGAAGAAUCAAGGAGGCGAAAUAGAGGCAGAAGUGUUUAGUCGACCAGAUGAUGAUGGCGGCGCUACAACAAGAUCAACUUCAGCGACUAAGGAAAUCGCAGUGGCGAACCCCAUGGAGAUUGAGAAAUAUGUCAGGGCGAUGGGGGAACAAGGCAUUAAACCCAACAUCACCACCUUGAACGUGCUCGCUAAGCUGUACCUUGAGAUGACCCAGUACAAGGUUCCGCAUGCACCGUCAUGGAAAUCCGCUUUCAGGCAAUACAACCCGCUCAGAUUGGAACCGGACGUGGUGACGAACAACACGCUUUUAGCAUACUAUGAAAAACACAGGGAUCUAUCAACCAUGAGAAAGAUAUAUGACGACAUGGUUGGAAUACCUGAAAGAGAGCUCAUCAAACCAAGACGGAGGAGGAGGCCGCGAAAGCCGCUACAUAUUGAACAAGAUCAGCUUGCUAACCAGCAAGAUACGAGCGUCGACAGUACAGGCGACCGUGCCGUCAAUGAGGACACCCCGUCUUUUGAGGAGUAUCAGGAGCAGCCACAGACUCAAGAUCUUCAGGAACAUGAGCCGCCAUUGCCAAAGCGUCAUUUACGAUCAAAUAGGGACAUCUAUACAUACAACAUCAUGCUUCAUGCAUUAUUACAGCACGCGGUCGAGACCAACGACAUCGCCUCAAUCGGUCAGUGCUUCUAUGACAUGGAGCAGGACGGCAUAUCGGCAGACACGGUCACUUUCAACACCAACAUACUAUAUCAUAUCUCGAGAGGCGAUCUGACAUCAGCCAUGCAGGUCUUCCGUAGUAUGAAAGGCACUCGCGCCAAUGGAAGGACUUCUAUACAGUCUUCAUCCAAACCUGUCAGAUCGACACCAUCAUCGACGUUUGUUCUCUCGAGAUCUGCGGCAUCUUCACAAGGCUCUGUGUCAGGCUCAGUGGGUGCCGACUCGCAACAGCAGGGUCAGACGCCAUUCUCCAAGAUGUCUUCAGACGAAGUCGCUGUGCCAGCGUCGGCUACUACUUCACCUCCGGCUCCCGACGUCGUCACACUUACGUCGAUGAUCAGCGGGUUUGCGCAUGCCGGUCAGAUGGACAAGGCAACGCAUUUCUUCAAAGAAAUGAUCAACCGGUAUCGGAUUGAGCCCAGUCUCAAAACAUAUUCAACACUCGUCGCAGGAUUGCAGCGUGCAGGUGAUUAUGAGCGAGCAGAAAGAUUGUGGGAUAUCGUUUUAGAGGAAGACGAGGAACAACGUCAGGACAAGGACGGUCCUGCGCGAGAGAAGGAGGGAAAGGACAGACGACUUGAUGUGGAAGCAUCAGACCUUUUAGACGGUAAGAGUGCCGAGCGUAUACAACAAUGCAGACAAGACCGGACGGACAAGCAUUUGACCAUCAUGGAACGGCGACAGAUUGAGACGUGGAGGAAAUUGUAUAAAGAGUCGUUGGCGGGCUGAACGCGACAACAUGAUCCCUCAUAAUAAACUUAGACUCCUAUAGAUGCUGCU